UCGUUCUGUCAUAUGAUCGUCCAGAUUUUAACAACAUGGCUGGACUGCGCGGAGUUGUAGCUUUUGGAAUCAGGUAUACAAAGUACUCUUUUUCGCUUCCACAAAUGCCCUCACAUAGAUUGCUCAAGACGGUGCGUCUGGCAGUCCGUAAUACUUCGUGCACUUUUGCUAGGAGUGCCUGCUCUGGAAGCAGAGAGAUCAGAGAUCCGCUCAACUUUUGGUGCGGUGGCCGCGUCCGCAUCGAACAUGUGAAAAAUUCAGAGCCAGUCUACGAGCCAGCAACUGGGCAUGUGCUGUGCCAUCUGGAGCACUGUGGACCACCAGAGGUAGACCAAGCCAUAAAGAGUGCCCAGGCCGCCUUUAGGCAGUGGAGUAAAAUGGCUGGCAUGGACAGAGCUAGAGUCAUGCUGGAAGCAGCUCGGAUCAUUCAGGCGAGGAGAGAGGAGAUCGCCGAGAUAGAGGUGGUUAACAAUGGGAAGUCCAUCACAGAAGCUCGCCUGGACGUGGAUUCUGCCAGACUGUGUAUUGAGUAUUUCGCUGGCUUGGCUUGUUCACUGGCAGGUCAGCACGUCCAGUUACCAGGCGGUUCCUUUGCCUACACGCGGCGGGAGCCUCUAGGGGUGUGUGUGGGUAUCGGCGCUUGGAAUUAUCCCUUCCAGAUUGCAGCCUGGAAGUCUGCCCCUGCUCUUGCCUGCGGUAACGCCAUGGUCUUCAAACCCUCACCCGUGACUCCAGUGACUGCGGUUCUGUUGGCUGAGGUCUAUGCCCAGGCCGGCGUACCCGAGGGUCUGUUCAAUGUGGUACAGGGAGGUCAGGACACUGGCACACUGCUUUGCCAACAUCCCGACGUGGCCAAAGUGUCUUUCACUGGGAGCGUCCCUACUGGCAAGAAGAUCAUGGAGAUGGCAGCCAGCGGAGUGAAGCCAGUGACCCUGGAGCUGGGCGGGAAAUCUCCGCUCAUCAUUUUUGAGGACAGUGACCUGGAGAACGCAGUCAGAGGGGCACUCAUGGCCAACUUCCUGUCCCAGGGCCAAGUAUGCAGUAAUGGAACGAGGGUCUUUGUCCAGAGGGCGCUCUUGGCCCAGUUUUUGGAGGAGGUGGUGAGAAGAACCAAGGCCAUCCAGAUAGGAGACCCGCUGCUGGAGCAGACCCGCAUGGGCCCACUGGUCAGCAGACCUCACCUGGACAAAGUUCUAGGAUACGUGGCUCAAGCCAAGAAAGAGGGGGCCAGGGUGCUUUGUGGAGGGGAGCCCUUUGUCCCUGCAGAUCCCAAACUGAGAGAAGGAUAUUACAUGUCCCCCUGUGUGCUGGAUGACUGCACAGACAAUAUGACGUGUGUGAGAGAAGAGAUCUUUGGACCUGUGAUGUCAGUGCUGGCCUUUGACACGGAGGCAGAGGUGCUACAGAGAGCUAACGACACCUCUAUGGGUCUGGCCGCUGGGGUUUUCACAAAAGAUGUGAAACGAGCCCAUCGUGUGAUAGAGCAGCUACAGGCCGGAUCCUGCUUCAUCAACAACUACAACAUCACGCCUGUGGAGGUGCCCUUUGGAGGGUACAAGGCUUCAGGCAUAGGACGAGAGAACGGCCAAGUGACGAUGGAGUUCUACUCUCAGCUGAAGACAGUGGUGGUGGAGAUGGGCGAUGUGGACAGUCUUUUCUGAGAGUGACUUAGAAACAGAGAAGUGACUCAGCUCUGGCCUGUGUGAGGAAAGAUGAGAACACCCCAAAACUUUUCCGUCUGAGGUAGAGCUGGUUUUCAGUCAGGCAGCUGUUGCAUGCGUAUACAGAUAGUUUCAAGAUCAAACCAAGUUCUCCAGGAGAGUUCUUUGACAGUUUUGUUCAUGAUUUUCCGCCGCUGAAUAUGCAAGAGCGGGUUAUGCUGCCCAGUGUUUACGGCGAUCUUGCCAUUAACAGGGAUUGUGCAACGUUAUGCUGCUACGUUGAAUUUGUUUCUCAUGAAGGAGUGAAAGGGAGGGAGUGCCAAAUGCCUUAUGGAGUGAUCUCCUCCUUUUAUUUUUACAUUUCAUAUAAAUCAAGGUCUAAUAUCUCAGAAAUGUCCAGUAACAUCUGGGAUGGUACAUAUGUAGUUUCUUUUUUUAAAAAAAAGACACACUGUGAUUUCAUGACAUUUUCAUACUACAUUGUCUUAAUGUAUGUGUGCACUACUUCAGGCAUAAAUGAAAGGACUUUUUACGUAUAUAUAAAUUUAAAAAACACUAACUGUUCUUCAGAGGCAGGUGUGUAAUGAUACUGAUUAAUGAUGUCAUAAAAAUGCAUUUAUAAAUGAGUCAGAAGUUGGAGAAAGGAGACAAGUAGAGCCAGAUGUGGCAUGAGUUUACACACACACACACACACACACACACACAUACACAUAUACAGUGUGAGUACUGUAUGUAACACUUUAGUUAUGAUUUUAAUAUACUUACUAAGAUAACGUGACAAGUUUAAAAGUUCACCAAAACCAGUUGACUUUUUGCCUUUAUGAGAAGUGAACAAACUUGUGGAGAGAGUGACAGAAGAGCAUUUACCCACAGACUAUUCUCAGUCUUUCUGAUGUAAACACUUCUUGCCCAAUGCAGACUUACUGAAAUAUGCUGGGUAAUGCACAUUGAGGUUAAACCUGAGGUAUGAGAUUCGCUCUAAGAUUGUUUUUAUGUUACGUGGUCUGUACCGGACAUAUUAUAAACAUCACCUCUAGGCCUGAAAAUAAAUGAGAUUUUAAAAACUCCACAUAUAAUCAUAUCAGUGUUAAAGCAUUGCCAAUUCCAUAAUAACAAUAAAAUAGUCAUUUACUGUGAUAGCCAACGGAGGCUGAUGUUUCAAGGAGAGACUUCCCGUCACUCCAAAGUUUGAGUGAAUUUCACUUUGUGAUUCUGGUUUAAGAUUUUUUUAAGUGUUUAUGUUUUGUUUUCCAGUUCUUACUCUUACAUAUUCAUCCCUUUAUUAAAAACAUCAUGUUUUGACACCAUAAAGACAAUUAAACAUGGCAGGAACAUUCUUACAUAUGUUUUAAUGAAUGUUUUCCUCACUAAACAUCUGUUAAUAUGUUAGACAUUUAAAGGGUCGUUUUUAUUUAUAAGUUAUUAUAUUACUAUUUUAAACCCAUAACUAAAAAUUCAGAAAGUCAUUUUUACACAUAAAGGACUACAUGUGACACUUCUAAGACUCAUCUCUUUAAACCUCAUCCACAGGCUGACUGAGAGAACUGGGAUAAAAGGCAUACAUAUACCACAUACAAUGAACUAAAUGCUUUAACGGUUACUGUGUCUAAGGUUUUGAGGAAAUACUUCUGGCAUCUAAAAGUAGAUUUCAAACCAUGGGGCUGUCAUAAAAUCACUCGUGUUGAUGUUUAUCAGAGAAAGACUUUAGAGUUCUUUCUUCUUUCUCCUUCUGGAGAGUUUGCUGCCCUUGCUUUUCCUCUGUAUUAAAAGAAAAACAAAACAAAAAAACAAAUAAUACACAUAGCAUGACAUAAUAGGUCUCCCUCUGAGAAAGGAUGAAGUUCUCUUCCAUGACCACCAUACAAAGUGGGGAAGGGGAAUCAUUUUGUCACACUAGUAUAUUUUUCAUCUAAACAAAUGUCCUGCUGAUAAAGGAAUGGCUGUGCAUUUUACAAAGAUGCUGUGAUUUAGCUGUAUGCCCACUCCAGCAAUUAGUCUGUAACACUCUGCCAACAACACAGAUUUGUUUUAAAUGCCUUAUUAAAUGUGCUG